AGGCCACAGCUGGUCCCUGAUUGCCCCGCCCCGAGAUGGCUGGUGCCCUCCUGCAGCUCUGGGGGGCGGGAAGAUGGGAGGAGUGAUGUAGCCGUGGGGGUGGGGAGGGCUAAGUCUAGGUUCUCCCUGAGGGAUCAAGGGUCUGGAGGCUUUCUAGGUUUGGCGAAACUGCCCCCGGAGGCGCUGAGUGGGGCUGCUGCUGGGUGGGGCUUGCGUGGACUCAAGAGGGGCAGAGCUGGGUGGGCAGCUGAGCUCCCCAGGUUCCAGAUUGGCCCAGAGCAGAGUUUGAUGUUUGACGUUAUCUGGGAAGCUUUGGGAAGCUGCCCAUAUUGGGAGUGGGUUUUUGGUUGAUGGUAAAGGGGAGGGCAGGGGGCUAUAAGGGACCCUUCUGUAAGAGAAAGUUAAACGACAGGGCAUCAGCUUUACUGUGGAUAGGUGAAGGAAUGAACUUUGGGAUGAAGUGGACCAAAGAAUAGCUCGGUAGCAGCUCUGGCAACACAGGUGCCAUGGCCUUGAUUGAAGGGGUAGGUGAUGAGGUGACUGUGCUUUUUGCGGUGCUUGCCUGCCUUCUGGUGCUGGCCCUUGCCUGGGUCUCAACACAUACCACGGAGAAUACAGACCCUCUGCCACAGCCGUCAGGGACCACAACAUCAGCACAGCCCAGUGAAGCCAUGGCAGCCAUUGACAGCAUCAGAGAGGAGGCCCCAGGGGCUGAGAGCCCCAGCCUGAGACACAGAGGUCCAUCUGCACAGCCAGAGCCUGACGCAGGGGUCACAGCAACAAGACCUCCGGACACUCCGCAGGAACCCCUACUGCUGCGGUUGAAAUUUCUCAAUGACUCUGAGCAGGUGGCCAGGGCCUGGCCUCAGGACACCAUUGGCUCCUUGAAAAGGACCCAGUUUCCGGGCCGGGAACAGCAGGUUCGACUCAUCUACCAAGGCCAACUGCUAGGAGACGACACCCAGACACUGGGCAGCCUCCACCUCCCCCACAACUGCGUUCUCCACUGCCACGUGUCCACGAGAGUCGGUCCCCCACACCCCCCCUGCCCACCGGGGUCAGAGCCCGGCCCCUCCGGGCUGGACAUCGGCAGCCUCCUGUUACCCCUGCUGCUGCUGCUGCUGCUACUGCUCUGGUACUGCCAGAUCCAGUACCGGCCCUUCUUUCCCCUGACCGCCACUCUAGGACUGGCCGGCUUCACCCUGCUCCUCAGUCUCCUGGCCUUUGCCAUGUAUCGCCCGUAGUGCCUCCACGGGCUUUUGACAGUGUAGCCGGCCCCUCUGGACCUCACUCCCCAAGGCGCAAAGGGAGCUGCUGUCUGCCCAGACCCACCUCAACCGCUGCCUGCCUUUUCCCACUACCCUGGAGCCCAGCCUUGCGCCGCAGAGGACUCCAGGGGUUGGUGGAGGCUUCUCCCUGUGAUCUUCAUAGCUCUGGGCCAUCUCCUGGGGCUGCUGACCCUCAGACUUCGCUGACAGUGGCCUCUUCUGGAUCAGGCACUUGCUGUCGCUGCCUUGGCCCGGCGCAGAGUCGGGCCACCCCACUGGGCCCAUCUUAGUGUGCUGCCAGAGGUCCCAGAUACGUCUAGUUCCAAAGAGCUGCAUGGCUGAAUUGGGAACGGAUGGACUGGGAGAUUGGUGAAGGGGAGCUGAGAGGGGCGGAGUUCUUCCUGGAAUUUGUGCAGAUUAAAGAAACUGUGAAAUUUUCA